GGACUAGUUAGUGGAGUUGACGGGUCGAUUACCCCUAAAAUAGCCGCUAGGUUCAGCGCAAUAUUCAGCCCCAACUCACCUGUAGCCCCGCCACCAUCGGGUCUUAACAACCCCCAAGGUCCGCUAGCUCCUUCCAGACUAUUCCUCCAUCACCUAAUCAUCAACGCCGCCAUCCCCAAGGCUUACGAGUCCACCUCUGCCUACCAUCACUUGUUUCUAUUUCCAAUCCAACUUACUCACUCGCUCGCUCACCUAAGUAUAGCAAUAAACACAUAUAUAAGCCAAAUCCAACCCCUCGAACCGCAGCAACCAUGGCGUCCUCAUCAACACCCGACUCCCACGACGACACAAGCUACGUCAAAAUGGACAAAGACAGCAACAGCGGCGCGGACGCGACGCUAAUCGGCAAGCACUGCCAACUCGAAUACUGCAACCAGCUCGACUUCCUCCCCUUCUUCUGCCAAUCCUGCAAAAAGACCUUCUGCCUCGACCACCGCAGCGAGACCGCCCACCGAUGCACCGACGCCGGCGCCUGGGCCGCGCGCAAGCGCCAAGCGCAACUCGCGCGGCCAUCCGCGGGUGAAGGAAAACGCAUGCGCGAUCUUGUGACACAGAAACCCUGCGCGGCGCACGACUGCAAGACCGUGGUCGGCACGUCCCUGGUCCCGGGCGUGCACUGCACCACCUGUAACCGCGACUACUGCCUCAAGCACCGGCUGCGCGAGGAGCACGACUGCGCGAACCUAAUCCCGAUCGGGGCGCGGCCCGCACAGUUCGACGUAGCAGAGCAAACACGAUCCGCGUUCGCGCGACUGAAAGCGUGGGGGGCCGCGAAGCGGGAGACCGCGAGCCGGGCGCUGCCGAAGCCGAAGCCGAGCACGGCGUCGGCGCGGCUAGUGGCUGUGAAUAAGCUGCGGAAGACGGCGAAGGGGGACGCGAAGCUGGCUGCGGAGAAGAGGGUGUACGUGUAUGUGGAGGCGGAGGCGGAGACGACGACGGCGAAGAAUUAUAAGGGCGAGUUCUUCUACUCGAAGGAUUGGGUUAUUGGACGCGUGCUGGAUGCGGCGGCGAAGAGCUUGCAGAUCGAGAAUGUGAAUAACCAGUCUUCGGAGGAGAGGGAUAAGUUGAGGGUGUUCCAUGUGGAGGGCGGACGCGUGCUGGAGUUUAAUGAGAAGGUCGGCUCGGCGCUGGUUAGUGGGAACACGAUAGUGUUGCUGAGGGGCAUAGGGCCGCCGCCGGAUUUGAUUGAGAUGUGAGGGGGUUUUAUGGGAUAUGACGGGCUGCAUCAUGGGACGGCGUUUUUUUACGAGCAUUGCACUUUGGGGACGAUAUACCAGGCGAUGACUGGAGGCAGCGUUUAUUUACAUUUAAGGGGUUGAUAUAGAUGGAGCGUUGUUGCUCGAC